AGGAGUGGACCCAUGGAAGGUGCCAGAAGCCGGCAUGAGGGCUGUGUUGACAUUUUGUCUGAAUUCCCCUGGAAUAAAGGCAAGCUUGUUUGACGAGGGUUGUUCUGUUUGCCAAGCAGAACAAUGAGAAUCUGUUUCUGCUUUCUUUCUUUAGUUUUAAUGUAUUCUUGGGGCCGGGUAAACAAAACAGAAAAAUGUGCAAACUGUUGACGGGACCUCACAUCCAAAGGAGAGAAAGAGAAGGAGCAGGAAAGGAUACAGAAGAAGGAUGAGGGAAAAUCAGACGCCGUCAUCCUAAGUGGGGCAUCACUAUCAUCUUCCUUGGCCAGCCUCUCCACUGCCACCAUAAGGAUGUCUUUGUGAGGCCCAACUGACAUUGACGUGGUCACCUGUGUCCCUACUGGGAGAUGGAAUGCUUCUCAUCCAGAGAACCUGUCUUGGUGACAUUGGCAGGGAUGGACUUCCAUUCUUCUCUAUGAUCUGUGCGGUGGGGAUGGGGGAUGUUGACCAUGAGGCUGGAUUAAGAGGAACAGCAGCUCAUCUCUCCAUGGAGAUGUGUCCCUGGAUUGGUUUUGUACUCUCAUGAGAAGCUACAGGUUUGGUGUCUCCUGACAGCUUCCGUUGCAAUCUCGUCAAAGUGGCUGGACGAUUUACCUGUCUUUCUAGAGAGGUAUGGUAACGGAUGGCAAGGCCCUCCUCUGCCUUUGAAGUAUGUACCAGAUCCUGAUCUUGGCUUCCUUAUGUCUCUCCUCUCUUCCGGAAAUUCACGCUAUUUACCAAAAGCCAACUGGAAAUCCAGCAACACCAGCACCCCUCCAAUACCUGCUGGAGCCAGUGAACAAGCUAGUGCACACUCAGAGAGGAGCCACCGUCACCCUGCCUUGCAUCCUGAGGACGCUACCCCAAAACUACAAGGUCAGGUGGAGCAAAGUGGAGCCGGCCGAAUACAUGGAGGUUGUCAUCCUGAUCACCAACGGGGUGCACCACAAAACCUACGGCCCGCUGGGCAGCCGGGCCCGCCUGAGGCGCAGCCACCGCUACGAUGCCUCGCUGACCAUCUCUGACGUGGCGCUGGAUGAUGAGGGGCGCUACCGCUGCCAGCUGAUCAACGGCCUGGAGGAUGAGAGCAUAUCUCUGGUCCUGCAGUUAGACGGAAUUGUCUUCCCCUACCAGACCAGCCAAGGGCGCUACAAAUUCAACUAUUUUGAGGCCAAAAAGGCUUGUCAAGAGCAGGACUCCCGGCUGGCAAGCUACGGACAACUUUAUAAAGCUUGGACAGAAGGGCUGGACUGGUGCAACGCAGGAUGGGUCAUGGAAGGAACAGUCCAUUACCCCAUCAUUAACUCCCGUGAGCCCUGUGGGGGACGUCUUCUUCUCCCAGGGGUCCGAAGUUAUGGCGCCAGGGACAAGCUGAAAGAUCGGUUUGAUGCCUUCUGUUUCAGUUCAGCUGUGAAAGGCCGGGUCUAUUUCAUCCGGGGCCACAUGAAUUUCAAGGAAGCCACUCAAGCCUGCCACAACGACAGGGCUGCCAUCGCCAAGGUCGGGCAGCUGUACGCUGCGUGGAAAUUCUCCCAGCUGGACCGCUGUGACGGAGGCUGGCUUGAUGACGGCAGCGUGCGCUUUCCGAUCAACAUUCCCCGUGCCCACUGUGGGGGACUCCAAAAUCCCAGCGUCCACAGCUUUGGAUUUCCCAGCAAGUUACGGAAGAAAUAUGGAGUCUACUGCUUUUCAGUGAAGUAGAGAGGAUGAGAGAGACAGAGAAGUUUAGAUGCCAGCUAGGCCCAAAGAGGACCACACAAAAUGACACACAUACAACCCUUCUGCAAAGGAUCUCUUUCACCAAGGACAACCUUGGAGGGUGUUGGUACGACAUCCCAUAGGGGCUUUUCCUCACCAUGACUUUUCCAUGAUCCCUAUCUUAAUCUAAGGAUGGAGUUCAUAGGUCACAGGCUCUGGAAUCACACAAAUUGCCUUUGUGUAUGCAAGUGUAGGUAUUUUUGGAGCCUUGUCCUGACUUUCUUCUUGAAUUUGUACAACCCCUACAUUUUUCCUAGGUUUGGAGAGAGAUGUCCCACCCACCACUGACACUUGGGGUCUAUGUCUCUCUCUCUGUGCCUGUUUACAUGCACACUCAGAACUAGUUUGUUCUCAGUGUGCCAGAUCCCAUUAUCUCGCCCCAAUUAAUGCAAUACUUGACUGCUUUUAGUAAUAAAGUGAAUACCUCCUAAAACAGGCACUAACUUUACAACAAAUGUUCUGUUAAUAUGGACAUUUGCUUGCAAACCCAACCAUUGCUUCACUACCUUAUUAAGUAUUCUUAAAAAAAUUAUCUAAACCUGGAAUCUUGAUUUUUAUUCUUCCUGACUUUGUACAACCUCUAGUUUUUCAGUUCUGAAGAAAGGUAUCCUGCCCACCUCAGCCACCUACUGACACUUGGGCCCAUCUAGAAUUCUUUGGAGGAAGCCAUGACUGGUUAAAAGUGAUAUUGUAGUUCUUUAAAUUAUCAGAGAUCAAGGACACUUCCUAGAGGAGCCUGGGGCUGAUUGGAAUUGGGAGUCUAAGCAGCUGGGGCUGAUGGAAAUUGUUUGUGAACACAGGAUUUUAUUUGAGAUCUGGGAACAGAAACAAGAUGUGGAUCAAGUGUGAAAUCUGGAAAAAAGUGGGGCAGCCAGGAGUUAUGGGGAAGGAAUCAGGAGCCAGAUGAUCCAUUCCAAAAAGUAGGAGGCAAAUUUUGACUUCUGUAAAAAGAAGAGAUCUGCAGCAUAAAAUUCCAUCAGGAGCACAGGAAGCAAUGCACCAUUCUAGAUAUGGAUGCAGGAAAAGCUAGGAGGGGCAGAGGGCAGUUUGUCUGGCAAUGUCUUGGACUUCUGUCUGUGUGGCUGUUUUUCUACCUUUGCCACACUUACCCUUUGCCUUGCUCUUUCCAGGCACAGGCCCAUGCU